AUGGAAGAAAAUAAGGACGCGCCUUUGCUGUCCAAGAGGUCGAUGGAGCUGUUCUGGGGCUACUAUAAUCCACCGGACAAGAAAGACUGGAGGGUUUCGCCGCUGCUGGCAGAUACCUUCGAGAGUCUACCGCCGACGUACAUACAGAUCGCCGGCCUCGACCCUUUAAGAGACGAGGGACUAGCGUACGCGGAAAAGUUACGCAGUUUAGGUGUCCCAGUGCGACUCGACGUUUACCCUAGUGUCCCAUACGCAUUUGGGUACUUUCCAGCGCUUAGCGCGGCCAAGAAGAACACAGCAGACCUCAUCGAGGGGAUUAAAUGGCUUUUAGCCUGA